AUGGCGGAGCCGGGCUGCGAGGCGGGCGGCUCUGUCCCCGAAGGCCGGCCGGCUUCCGACAGAGAGGAGCAGAACGAGGAGGAAGGCGGCGGGGUGUCACCAAUAGAGAAGGAUGAUGACCAGGAAGGUGAAGCCGCCGUGGGGGCUACGGAACAUCCUGAAAGGGAAGACACAACUGAAGGAGAAGUUGCACUGGAAGGGGACCCCGAAUUUGAAGGGGACGCCGAAUUUGAAGAGGAAGUCAUGAUGGAAGAAGAAUUUGAAUUUGAUUUAGAAACUGCCUCCCCUGAAGGGCAGAUCAGUUCCAUGGAUCUGGCCUAUUCCGACGGCAGCCCGCGGGAACCGCCUGGAGGAAGAGGUAGCAGGGAAGACGGGCUUGAAGGCUCCUACAGAGAGGCGACCGGCCCAUCAGAAUCAAGAGAACAGGGGCUUAUCGCGACAGAGCCGUCCCAGGAAGUCCUGAGCUCCCCUGAGCAAAUAGGCCAGGAUGCUUCUGGAUCCACACUGGGCGGAUCGACAAAAUCCCAAGAAAAGCUGCAGCAGAAGGUCUUUCCCAUGGGGUCCCGACACCGCUUCAGGCUGAGCCGAGGGAGCAGCAACGUGUCCUCGGACACAGAUGAGCAUUUCCCGGGCGUGGAGGAGCGGGAGCCAGUGCCCCUCCCGGGACCCGAUGCCCAGCCCAGGGAAGGGGCCCAGCCGGCGUUCCUGGACCAGAUCCAGCAGUUAAGCCCAGAGGGCCAGCCCCUGGUGGACAGGAUGGACUCCGAGGGGAGCCACGAAACCGAGGACGAAGGAUCCCAACUUGUGGUUUUGGACCCGGACCACCCCCUGAUGGUCAGAUUCCAGGCCGCCCUGAAGAGCUACCUUAACCGUCAGAUAGAAAAGCUGAAGCUGGAACUUCAAGAGCUGGGCGUGGCCACCAAGCAAAGCCGGGUCCAGCGGCAGGAGCUGGGGGUGAACCUCUAUGGGGUCCAGCAGCAGCUGGCCCGCCUGCAGAUGCAGCUGGAGAAGAGCCACGACCGCCAUUCGGUCGUCGCGUGCCAGAGGAGGCGGAAGGAGGAGGAGCUGCAGGGCGCGCGUGCGCUCCACGCCAAGACCUCCGCGGCCGCCAACCAGGAGCGCAAGAAGUUGGCGGCUCUGCAGGCGGAGUUGGAGAACUUGGCUCUGAACCUCUUCUACAUGCAGAACAUCGACCAGGACGUGCAGGACGACAUCCGCGUGAUGAAGCGAGUGGUGAAGAAGGCCGAGGCGGAGAGGACGCGGGCGGAAACUGAGAAGAAGAAGCAGGACCUGUUUGUGGACCAGCUCACGAACAAGGCCAAGCAGCUGGAAGAAAACAUCGCGCUGUUUGAGGCUCAGUGCUCUGCCCAAGCUGAGGACACCCGGACUCUAAGGAAAGCAGUGAGCGAGGCGUCCACGGAGAUCGAGGCCAUCAGCAUGGAGAAGAAGCGUGUCCUGCAGCAGUGGGCCACCAGCCUGGUGGGCAUGAAGCACCGCGACGAGGCGCACAGGGCCAUCCUGGAGGCGCUCAGGGAGUGCCAGCACCAAGCCAAGUCCCUGGACGGCGAGAUCGAAGCCUACAAGAAGUCGAUCACGCAGGAGGAGGAGAAGAACGAGAAGCUGGCGCGCAUCCUGAACCGGGCGGAGACGGAGGCCGGCCUGAUGCAGAAGCUGACGGCCCAGUGCCUGGCCAGGCGGGAGGCCCUGCAGAGCGAGUUCAACACCUACAGCCUGGCCCUGCAGGACUCGGAGGACGCCCUGAGCAAGGGCCACCAGGAGCAUGCGGUGGUCGCCAGCGAGCUGCAGACCAUGCACCAGGCCAUCCGCAGCGAGCUGGAGCUGAAGAGGAGGAUGGACACGGCCAUCCGGGAGAAGCUGCAGGAGCACAUGACCUCCAACAAGAUGACCAAGUACUUCAACCAGCUCAUCCAGAAGCUUCAGAAGGAGAAGACCAACAUGGUGACACAUCUCUCCAAAAUUGAUGGCGACAUUGCUCAGGCCACGCUGGACAUCACGAACGCCAGCUGCAGGCUGGAGAUGCAUCAGAGGACGCUGGCCGAGCUGGACAAGGAGGUGAAGAACCUGAGCGAGCUCAUCAGCAACAGCGAGAACGAGAUCUCCAGGCGCACGAUCCUGAUCGAGCGGAAGCAGGGCCUCAUCAACUUCCUCAAAAAGCAGCUGGAGCAGAUGGUGUCCGAGCUGGGGGGGGAAGAAGUUGGCCCCCUUGAGGUCGAGAUCAAACGGCUGACCAAGCUGCUGGACGAAGACAGCACCAGCGUGACAAAGGCCCAGGCGACCUGGCUGCGCCUGCAGCAGGAGCUGGUCACGGCCACACAGGAGCACGAGCAGCAGCUGCAGUCCACGGCCAUGGCCAGGAAGGAGAUGCACAUCUUGGAGCAGAAGAAACUGCGAGUGGAAAACAAGAUCGAGCAGGAGAGGAGGGAGCAGAAGGAGAUCGAGCGGCACAUGAGGGACCUGGACAACGACCUGAGGAAGCUCAACGUGCUGGUGUGCAAGAGCCGCGGCAGCUCCGAGCAGCUGCAGCAGGACAACCUGGCCACCGAGGGCGAGUUCGUGCGCACGCUGAAGGCCGCGGAGCGGGAGACCCUCGAGCUGCAGGAGAAGCUGAGCCAGCUCAGUGAGGAGAAGGCGGCCAUGCUGAGCAACCUGGUGGAGGCCGAACACCAGAUUAUGCUUUGGGAGAAAAAAAUCCAGCUGGCCAAAGAGAUGCGCGCCUCGGUGGAUUCUGAGACGGGCCAGACGGAGACCCAAGCCAUGAAGGCCGAGAUCCACAGGAUGAAGGUCAGGCACGGGCAGCUGCUGAAGCAGCAGGAGAAGAUGAUCCGCGACAUGGAGCUGGCGGUCGCCCGCAGGGAGACCAUCGUGACACAGGCCGAAGGCCAGGGCAAGACAGGCCCGAAGGUGCUCACCCGGACCGACUUCCACCACAAGCAGAUUGAGCUGCGCCGGAAAAUCGGGGACGUUCACAAGGCCACCGAGGAGUGCACCAAAACCGUCCUGAAACUGGAGGAAGCACAAAGAAGCUCGAGCAGCGCCCUCCUGGAGAAGCAGAAGCAGCUGUCGAUGAUGCAGUCCGACCUGGACACGCUGGAAGCCGACCUCAGCCGGCUUACCGCCCUCAAGCAACAGAACCUCUCGGACAUCGUGGCCCUGCAGACGCGCGCCAAGCACCUGCAGGCGGUGAAGGAGGGGAGGUACGUGUUCCUGUUUCGCUCCAAGCAGUCCCUGCAGCUGGAGCGCAGGCGCCUGGACGACCGGCUGGCCCUCAUCGCCACCAUCCUCCACCAAGUGCAGGACGAGUACCCUCAGUUCCAGAAGGCCCUGCGCAAGGUCAGCCAGAAGGUCGACAGCAAGCUCGAAUCGCCGGGGCCAUCGUAG